AUGGAAGAUAAAGACACAGAGCUACUGUGCAAGGUCACUGCAAACCAUCUAUUCUUGGCUCAAUUCGAGCCUUUCCGGGCCACGGUGCGAAGCCUCCGAGCCCGAAAUCCGGACCUGGCACGGGCCAUCCUCCAAACAAUAGUUUCCAGUGGCGGACGGCUGGGCAACGGUGAUUUUGAUUCGGGUCAGAUUCUGUGGUCUGACUCAUGUCCUUCACCUGCCGUACUCACCUUCCUCUGCACCCUCGAGCUCCUUGAGUUCCCCGAUGCCACCUCGCAACUCUGGUCGUUUGAUGAUAAUUCGCUGAAAUUGCGUGCUGAGUUCUUGCUUUAUGUCCACACGAUGAGCGCUCGGGUUUUGAGUGUGCUCAAAGACAGUGUAAAUUUGGAGGGAAAUGAGAAUUUUGAUGAAGGAAUUACAAGAAAUGAGGAGUUGAGGGUUUUACAAGGGUUUCUGGUGGUGGGUUCGAGCAGGUUGAAGCCGGAUUUGAUUGAGUUGGAAGAAAACGGAGAAGAAAAUGAGGGUUUUUCAGGGUGCUUCUCGGAAGAGGAAAUAAUGGGAUUGAGGGGGUUAAUUUUGAAGAUUCCAGACAUUUUUGAUGUGUUGUGCGGGAACAUAGAGAAGCAAGUUGGGCGCGUGGAGAGUGAUGAUUCAGGAUUGGCAAUCGCAUUAAGAACAGAAAUGAGGCGGAGGGAGAAGGAAGAGGGGAUGCUCAGAUUGAUACAAAAAUGUGUCCAGGUGGCACAUCUAGAUGCCAUGAGGGAAUGCUUGGAGGAAAACAACGAAGAUGGUGCGGUUUCACAUAUUAGGUUUCUUCAUUUGGAUCACGGAGUGGAGGAGGCCGAGUACAGCAUGAUUUUGCAAGAUCUCCUCAAGAAGUUUUCAUCAGGGAAGGCUGAUUAUGGAAAUACCUGGCACGCUAUGCGAGCUAAAGUCUUCUUAGUGUAUUCAGAAGCACUUUCAUCUAAUUGCACACGCCUUGUGCUAAUGAUUCAGGUCAUCCAGGACAAAUUACUUUCUGAAGAGAUUGAGGUGUACAAUGCUUCUGAACACAACCAGAUUCCUCUACCUAUUCAGCGCCUUCUAACUUUUUUUGCAGAAUUGAUGCCCGAGCCAUCAUCAAAGGAAACACCUUUAUCUUUGAAGAUUGCAACUGCUUCUUGCAUGAGAGACUUGUAUCAUUAUGCUCGCGUUCGUGGCUUGCAUGCUUUCGAAUGCAUAAUAGACACUGCCUUGUCUCUUGUGCAAAGCGAGAAGCUACAAGAAGCUUGUGAGGUUCUUUCACUGUUUCCCUGGCUUCAACCCUUGGUAGCUGCCUUGGGUUGGGAUCUGUUGUCCGGCAAAACACUUCUGAGAAGAAAGCUGAUGCAGUUAAUGUGGACGAGUAAAUCUCAAGUUCUUCGAUUAGAAGAGUCUUCUCUUUAUGGUAAUAAAACAGAUGAGGCAUCCUGCAUCGAACAUCUUUGUGAUUCAUUAUGCUAUCAGCUUGAUGUUGCUUCUUUUGUUGCCUGCGUCAAUUCUGGUCGACCAUGGAAUCUGAAAUCCUCUGUACUAUUGUCUGGAAAAGAAAUCACCGAACUGGGAGAUGAAAAUGUUCAAUGGGAUCCAUUUGUUGAAAAUUUUGUAUUGGAGAGGUUAUCCUUCCAGAGCCCCCUUCGGGUUAUAUUUGAUUUAGUUCCAAGCCUAAAAUUUCAAGAUGCUAUUGAACUACUUAGCAUGCAGCCGAUCACUUCUACUCUAUCAGCUUGGAAGAAGAUGCAAGAUAUCGAACUUAUGCAUAUGCGAUAUGCUCUUGAAUCUGGUGUUCUGGCUCUGGGGGCAAUGGAGAAUAGUGCGACUGAUGGAGCAGGAGAUCAAUAUAUGGCUUUACAUCAUUUGAAAGAACUGAAUAACCAUUUGGAUGCAAUCACUAACAUUCCUCGCAAGAUAUUCAUGGUGAACAUUAUCAUCUCGCUUCUACAGAUGGAUAACCUCCGUCUUGAUUUAACAUCACUUGAUCUGUCGAGGAGAUCUUCUGAAUCUUUCGAUAUUCACAGUGGAGAACAAGCUGAUUCCUCAACACAUGUAGGGGGAAAUAAGAUGGUUGUCUCCCUUCUUGGACAAGUCCUUAAUAUUCUGCAGCAGCAACUACCCUUAUCACUAGCUGAUCUGGACAAUGCAUUGGAUGAUCAUAUAUCUGCUGGUGGAAAACAAGCCUUAGAAUGGACAAUAUUGAACGCAAAACAAUUCAUUGAAGAUUGGGAAUGGCGUUUGUCAAUUUUGCAACGCCUUCUACCAUUAUCAGAACGUAAGUGGAGGUGGAAGGAAGCUCUGACGGUGUUGCGUGCAGCCCCAUCUAAGCUACUCAAUCUUUGCAUGCAAAGGGCGAAGUAUGACCUAGGAGAGGAGGCUAUUCAUCGUUUCUCCUUACCUCCAGAAGACAAAGCCACACUCGAAUUGGCUGAGUGGGUGGCUGGUGCCUUCAAAAAAGCAUCUGUGGAUGAUGCAGUGUCUCGAGCUGUUGAUGGUACUUUUGCUGUCCAUGAAUUAGAUUUCUUUUCCUUGCGCUCUCAGCUGGGUCAUUUGGCAGCUAUUCUCCUAUGCAUUGAUGUAGCUGCAGCAUCUGCUAAGCUACCAAACAUGUCUUUGAAGCUUCUAAAUCAGGCCCAAGGUAUGCUUUCUGAGAUCUAUCCUGGUAGUUCUCCUAAGAUUGGAUCAGCUUAUUGGGAUCAGAUUCUUGAAGGGGCAAUAAUUUCUGUUGUGAAGCGUGUCCUUAAGCGUCUACACGAGUUGUUGGAACAGGACAAUCCGCCAGCUCUUCAGGACAUUUUGUCAGGGGAAAUGAUCCUUCCGUUGUCAAGGGAGUUUCAUAGACAAGGAAACAGGGAACGGACUCUUGUUUUGCUUCAUCAGAUGAUUGAUGAUGCUCACUGGGGCAAGCGUCAGUUCCUUAGUGGUAAGUUACAUAAUCUUGCAAGAGCUAUUGCUGAUGAAGAAACAGAAAGGGAUCAAUCUAGAGUGAGUGUCCCAUAUUCUGACAGGAAAGAGAUUCCAAGCUAUGACAAGAAUGGGGUUCUUGGGCUUGGGUUGAGAACCUCAAAGCAGUCAUCUUUGAUACCCCCAGCUGGUGAAAAUAAUGUAAAAUCUGCAAGCUAUGAUGUCAAAGACUCAGAAAUGAGAUUGUUUGGCCCUUUCACUUCCAAGAUCACGACAUACCUUUCACAAUUCAUUCUUCAUAUUGCUGCAAUAGGCGACAUUGUCGAUGGGACAGAUACAACUCAUGAUUUCAACUAUUUUUCGCUUGUGUACGAGUGGCCCAAAGAUCUUUUGACUCGUUUGGUAUUUGAGCGAGGCAGUACUGAUGCUGCUGGAAAGGUAGCAGAAAUUAUGAGUGCAGACUUUGUUCAUGAAGUAAUUUCUUCAUGUGUACCUCCAGUUUACCCUCCAAGAUAUGGUCAUGGUUGGGCUUGCAUUCCAGUAAUUCCUACACUCCCUAACAGUUAUCCUGAAAGUAAAGUCUUCUCACCUUCUAGAGAAGCUAAACCAAAGGUUUACUUCCGUUCUUCUGCCACUCCUGGAGUUCCCUUGUACCCUCUGAAGUUGGAUAUAGUGAAGCAUCUCAUCAAGUUAUCUGCAGUCAGGGCCAUCCUAGCAUGUGUGUUUGGAAGUACAAUAUUGUAUUGUGGGAGUGAUCCAGCUAUAUCCAGUUCCUUAAAUGAUCGCUCACAGCUACCACCCGAUGCUGAUAGGAUUUUCUACGAGUUUGCUCUUGAUCAAUCUGAGAGAUUCCCUACCUUGAAUCGGUGGAUACAAAUGCAGACUAACCUUCAUCGAGUUUCUGAGUUUGCUGUAAUGUCUGAAAACAGAGAAGGUGAAAGCAAAGAUAAUUCUGAAGCCAAAACUGCAAUGAAACGUUUUCGUGAUGAUGAUAGUGAUACUGAAUCAGAAGUUGAUGACGUGGCUGUCAGUCAUAGCAUUUCAACCCCACUUCAUGAGCUUAGGGAUCAAGGCAGCGUGGCUCCUGACCCUUGGCUUGAAUCUCCAAAAUCUGAAAUUGCAGAACACGAUAAAACAAUUUUCCUUGCUUUUGAUUGGGAGAAUGAAGGACCCUAUGAAAAAGCUGUAGAGCGAUUGAUUGAUGAAGGAAAAUUAAUGGAUGCUCUGGCUCUGUCUGAUCGCUUCUUGCGCAAUGGAGCCUCAGACCAAUUGCUUCAGCUGCUCAUUAUAAGUGGGGAAGAAUUCUCUGGACAACAAGGCUAUUCUGGCUUUCCUAUCUGGAGCAAUAGCUGGCAAUACUGUCUACGUUUGAGGGAUAAACAGAUCGCAGCUAGACUUGCCCUCAAAUACUUGCAUAGAUGGGAGCUAGAAGCAGCUUUGGAUGUUCUUACUAUGUGUAGUUGUCAUUUGUCUGAUGGUGAUCCACUUAAAAUGGAGGUUGUUGAAAGGAGACUAGCUCUCUUGAGAUACAAACGCAUAUUAUGUGCAAAUGAUCACUACAACAGCUGGCAAGAGGUUGAGACAGAUUGUAAGGAAGAUCCUGAAGGUCUUGCUCUUAGAUUGGCCGAGAAAGGAGCUGUAUCUGCUGCUCUAGAAGUGGCUGAAAGCGCUGGACUUUCUAUUGAAUUGCGGAGAGAACUGCAAGGUCGUCAACUUGUCAAGCUUCUCACAGCAGAUCCUCUAAAUGGUGGAGGCCCUGCAGAAGCUUCGCGUUUUUUGUCUUCUUUACGUGACUCUGACGAUGCUUUGCCCGUGGCAAUGAGUGCAAUGCAACUUUUACCCAACCUUCGAUCUAAGCAACUUCUUGUGCAUUUCUUCCUUAAGAGAAAAGAUAGUAAUCUGUCAGAGGUUGAUGUCUCUCGGCUUAACUCGUGGGCUUUAGGCCUUCGGGUAUUGGCUGCACUGCCAUUACCAUGGCAGCAAAGAUGCUCUUCCCUACACGAGCAUCCUCUUUUGAUUCUAGAGGUCUUGCUGAUGAGAAAACAGCUGCAAUCUGCUUCUCUGAUUCUUAAAGAGUUUCCUUCAUUGAGAGAGAUCAAAAUGAUUCUUGCAUAUGCUGCCAAAGCUAUUGCUAUUAGCAUCAGUUCCCCCACCAGGGAUUCAAGGAUAUCAAUUUCAGGUCCUAGAACAAAGCAAAAAAUGAAGGCUAGCACACCUACUCGGUCAUCCUUUACUAGCAGUCUAAGUAACCUGCAAAAAGAGGCUCGCAGAGCAUUUUCUUGGACAGCUCGUAACACAGGAGAUAAGAAUGCCCCAAAGGACAGUUAUAGGAAGAGAAAGAGCUCUGGAUUAACACAAUCUGACAAAGCUGCUUGGGAGGCAAUGGCUGGUAUUCAAGAAGACCGUGUUUCAUUAUUCACUGCAGAUGGGCAAGAAAGGCUUCCUUCUGUUUCAAUUUCCCCGGAGUGGAUGCUCACAGGUGAUCCAGAGAAGGAUGGAGUUGUCCGUUCCUCUCAUCGAUAUGAAAGUGCCCCAGACAUCAUUCUCUUCAAGGCAUUGCUGUCACUAUGUUCGGAUGAAAGUGUAGCUGGCAAAGGUGCACUGGACUUGUGCAUUAGUCAGAUGAAAAAUGUGUUAAGCUCCCAGCAAUUACGUGAAAAUGCAUCAAUGGAAACGAUUGGCCGAGCAUAUCAUGCGACGGAAACAUUUGUGCAGGGUCUGCUUUUUGCUAAAUCCCAGCUUAGAAAACUUUCUGGGACUAGUGAUUUGUCUAGUAAUUCUGAAAAAGGUAGGGAUGCUGAUGAUGCAUCCUCUGAUGCUGGUAGCUCUAGUGUGGGUAGUCAGUCGACCGAUGAAUUAUCUGAAGCACUAUCACAGGUUGACAUUUGGCUAGGACGUGCUGAAUUGCUGCAAAGCCUUCUGGGAUCUGGGAUAGCUGCCUCACUUGAUGACAUUGCCGACAAAGGGUCAUCCGAACAUCUUAGAGAUCGCUUGAUCCAAGAGGAACGAUACAGCAUGGCGGUAUAUACUUGCAAGAAGUGUAAGAUUGAGGUUUUCCCAGUAUGGAAUUCAUGGGGCCAUGCUCUGAUUCGGAUGGAGCACUAUGCUCAAGCUCGUGUAAAAUUCAAGCAAGCUCUUCAAUUACACAAGGGUGAUCCUGCUCCCAUGAUUCUGGAGAUAAUCAAUACUAUUGAAGGAGGUCCACCAGUUGAUGUUUCAUCUGUUCGGUCUAUGUAUGAACAUUUGGCUAGAAGUGCACCAGCAGUCUUGGAUGAUCCUCUUUCAGCUGAUUCCUAUCUCAAUGUUUUGUACAUGCCAUCAACAUUUCCUCGUUCUGAGAGAUCUAGGAGGUCUCAAGAAGCUGCAAAUAAUAAUUCUAUGAAUAAUCCAGAUCUCGAUGAUGGUCCCCGCAGCAACCUUGACAGCAUUAGAUACCUUGAAUGUGUUAACUAUUUGCAAGAAUAUGCUCGUCCCCAUUUGCUCAGUUUCUUGUUUAGGCAUGGCCAUUAUGAAGAGGCUUGCUCGUUGUUUUUCCCUGCCAACUCUUCUCCCCCUCCUCCUCAGCUAUCAUCACUAGGAGUGGUUACUUCUUCUUCUCCUCCCCAAAGAACAGAUCCUUUGGCAACUGAUUAUGGAACAAUAGACGAUUUAUGCGACUUGUGUGUUGGUUAUGGUGCCAUGCCUGUCCUAGAGGAAGUGAUAUCGUCAAGGGUAUCGUUAUUACAGGAACAGUCGAUGAAUCAGUAUACAACUGCAGCUCUUGCCCGCAUCUGCCUUUAUUGUGAAACCCACAAGCAUUUUAAUUACUUGUAUAAGUUCCAGGUGAUAAAAAAUGACCAUGUGGCUGCUGGGCUUUGCUGUAUUCAGUUGUUCAUGAAUUCUGCUUCUCAAGAAGAAGCUUUAAAGCACUUGGAUCGUGCCAAGACACAUUUUGAUGAAGGGCUGUCGGCACGAUCUAAAGUUGGAGAUUCUACCAAACUGGUCACCAAAGGUAUUCGGGGGAAAAGUGCUUCUGAGAAGCUUACUGAAGAGGGACUGUUCAAAUUUUCUGCUCGUGUUGGAAUUCAGUUGGAUGUUGUGAGAUGCUUUAGUGAUGCAGAGGGACCACAGUGGAAACACUCUCUUUUUGGGAAUCCACAGGAUCCUGAAACUUUCAGGAGAAGAUGCGAAAUUGCUGAAACUCUUGUUGAGAAGAAUUUUGAUUUGGCUUUCCGAAUAAUAUAUCAAUUUAAUCUUCCAGCUGUUGACAUAUAUGCUGGUGUUGCAUCAUCACUUGCUGAAAGAAAGAAGGGAGGUCAAUUGACUGAGUUUUUCAGAAACAUUAAAGGCACAAUAGAUGAUGAUGAUUGGGAUCAGGUCUUGGGGGCAGCAAUUAAUGUGUACGCCAACAAACACAAGGAACGCCCUGAUCGCCUCAUUGACAUGUUGACUAGCAACCACAGGAAAGUGUUGGCCUGUGUUGUUUGUGGUCGCCUUAAAAGUGCUUUCCAGAUUGCAUCUAAGAGUGGAAGUGUUGCUGAUGUUCAAUAUGUUGCACAUCAGGCAUUACAUGCAAAUGCACUUCCAGUUCUUGAUAUGUGCAAACAGUGGUUGGCUCAGUACAUGUAG